AUGAGUCAUAAUCAAACUGGUAUAGACAAUUUUAAAGAAAAACCAGAAAAAAGGAUUCAACAGUUGUUGAUGUUAAGUUCAAAAAUCGAGUUGAACACAAGUAUAGCAGCUAGAAAAUAUUACCGAUCUGGGCGAGAGAUGAUCAGUAUGGCUGAUGUGUAUACUAAAGAAAACAAUUUGGAACAAGCGUAUAUUCUUUACAUGAGAUUUAUGACAUUAUUUUUGGAAACUAUAAAUGAACAUCCAGAUUACAAAAAUGUACCAAUUGAAGAACGUAAUUUAAAUUAUCGGGCACUCCGUGAUGUCCUUCCAAAAACAGAAAAUAUAAAAGCUAAAUUAUUAGAACAAUAUAGUACAGAAUAUGAGUUGUAUCAAGAGCAAAAAGCAUUAGAAGAAUUUAAAGAAAAACGUGAACAAAAAGUAUUAAAUAUAGAACAGAGUAAUACACCACCUAGUAAAAAUGUCGCUCAAGAACAUUUAAACUCAAUCUUAGAUAAUUCCAAAGUACCUGAAUUAAAUACUCCUACAUCAUUUGAAUUAAGACAACCAGAUCACAAUUUAAUCAAUUUUACUGAAUUGAAUGAUAAUACUUUAACUUCAAAUAUGCCUACAUAUUCAAAUUCAAAAAUACAAUUCAAUCAACAUAAGCCUAUUGUUGAUAGAAGUACCAAACCAAUGUUGAACAAGAACACUUCAAAUCCAUAUAAUCUUCGCCAAAUAAUAGUCCCAGGCAAUUUAACUAGAAGAUUCCUAGAACAAGCACAACGUAAUACAUCUAAUAAUUUGGAGACUUGUGGUAUAUUAGCAGGAAAAUUGAGUUCUAACUGUUUAAUCGUGACUCAUUUGAUGAUUCCAAAACAAAGUGGUACAUCAGAUUCAUGUACCACGAUGAAUGAAGAAGAUAUUUUUGAAUUUCAAGAUAAGCAAGAUCUCAUCACCUUAGGAUGGAUACAUACUCAUCCAUCACAAACCUCAUUUAUGUCAAGUGUAGACUUGCAUACGCAUUAUUCAUAUCAAUUAAUGAUGCCAGAAGCUAUUGCAAUUGUUUGUGCGCCUAAAUAUAAUGAAUCAAAUUUCUUCUUUUUGACGCCUUAUCAUGGCUUACAAGUUAUAGCUGAUUGCAAAUUUUUCAGUGGUUUCCACACACAUGACACAGAGGGUGAUAUUUAUGCCAUUGCUGAACAUUAUGUAUUGGAUGAAAACCUGCUGGUCAAUGUGGUUGAUUUUAGAUAG